AUGUUUCUUUCAGUAGUUUUGCUUCUCAUUGCUCGAGUAGUCAGCCAAAAAGAGAAGCUUGGAGCUUACGUCAUCCCACCGCUGCCUGGGAAUGUGCUUCCUAUUUUGCACCAAGUUUACCUUUGGAUAGAGCCUGAUCCACGUGCACACGCGCCAUUGAUUCGCGGAGAUGUCAAUAUCACCGUGGAAGUGGUGAAUGAAACUCGGGAAAUCUUCUUGAACAGCAAGAAUCUCAUCAUCCGUCAAGUUAAAGUCGACGGAAAUAAGGUUUCGUGGGAACAAGUAGAGCCUUAUUUGCUAAAUCUUCAUUCAAAUACUCUUCUCAGUAAAGCGUCAAAGCAUCAAAUUUGGAUUGAAUUUGACAUCAUAGAUUCAAAUCUUGCUGUCGCACUUGCGACGAUUGGUAUCAAAAGGGAUAGCUACAACGACACGGAUGGUCGAGUACGGUACUAUGUGAGCACUCAAGGCGAAGAAUUCGGCGCGCAUCUCUAUGUGCCGUGUUUCGACGAUGUUAGCAUGAAGAGCCAAUGGUCGCUUACAAUUAAACAUCCGAAAAGCUACAAAGCACUCUCCAAUGGAAAACUUCUGUCAAGAAUCCAGACGAUUGACGGUUAUGCUAUUAGCAAAUUUGAGAAAACUCCAAAAAUGUCAUCCUAUUUGUUCACCUUCUGUCUAUCCGAGUUCAAGAGUUUAACAACAAAAGCGGCAAAUGGAAUUCCGUUGACAAUCUACAUGAAAGAGCCUGAGUUUACCAAAAAUGGCUCUUCCGGCCUUCGAUAUCUAAAUGAAACCUUCAACUUUUUAAGCAGCGCGCUGCGACCAUCGUAUCCUCUUCCGAAAAUGGAUGUCUUUGUGGCUCCCUGGGAAGGUUUUUCAAUGGAGAAUUGGGGUGUCAUCACAACUGGCGGUGAUGGGAUGGAUUUUGGCACCACACAGCACGAGCUCGCUCAUCAAUGGUUUGGCAAUUUGGUGACCGCCAAAUCCUGGGAUCAGUAUUGGCUUAACGAGGGUUUCGCAACAUAUUGGCAGCUUCAAAAUUUCCCCAAUGAAAUAACCAAUAUUGCCUUGAUCAGAGAUUCCAUUUUUGUGAGGGAUAUGCUAGACGAUGCUUUGCCAAUUGUGGCCGCAAAGCGAAACUUGGUACAAGCGCCUUGGAGUCGAUAUGGUAAAGGAGCCUUGCUAUUGUGCAUGAUCGACGGGUUGAUCGGUAAACAGAAUCUUUGGAAUAUCAUGAAUGAAUACUUGGAAGCCAACGCCUACAAAUCUGUGGUCACUGCACAAUUCUUCGCCUCUUUCGAAACGUUUUUCCAAGAUCAACGCGGAGAACUUGCUAAAAUCAAUAUCACUCGAUUCGGUUACGAUUGGACUCAUCAAGCUGGUUACCCAAUUGUUUCGAUUUCAAAGAAUGGGGAAAAUUAUAUUCUGACACAAAAGUCGAGUAGCGGAAAUGGUGAACGUUGGGAUAUUCCUUUGUUUAUCCAAGAAGACUUGCUUUGCAGCAAAAAUAACUACUCUAUUAAAGUUUUCCCGAAAGAAUCACAAAAUUUGAAGCUGCUGGUGAGCUCCUUGCCUAAAAGCCCCAAUUUCAACAUCGGAUAUGGUUAUUACAAAGUAGAACUCGACGAGGGUUUGUUCGAUGAACGAGUUGAACUCUUUGAGGACAAACAGACGAACUGUGACUCAUCAGCUCACUAUCGUUUCCUGGUUGAAGGGACAAUCAAUGCGAACAAGAAUAUUCGUAAAAAAUCAACAAAUCUCUUGAAGAAACAUUUUCCCGAACGCCAGGAGAAGCAAUUCACGGACGAGUCUCAAAAAUUACGACUUGGUCUGGGAAUUUUU